UUGUCUUCUUCGGUCUCAUCUCUUCAGUCUUACUGACAGGUGUAACAUCUCUAAAAUGCUAUACCUGUUUUAUCACCCAUGGACAAUGUAGAAAUGAAGACAUGACAUUGGUGGAGUGCAAAGCAGAUGAAACAUAUUGCAUUUCCUUUACUCUCCGUACCACUUUCAGCAUUCCUUCAGUCGGUUACACUACUAAGACUUGUGCAAAGCCCGAGGAAGCCAAUGAUGGUUAUUACAGUAUCACUUCUGUUGGGGCAAAAUACUUUGAAGCCCUUCUUUACAGUUGCCAGUUAGAUGGUUGCAAUAGCCUGCCUUCCAGUUUGCCGUAUCAUGAGGAACUUAAACCCAAUCGAUUGAUAUGCCCAGGAUCGUAUGCAAGAGAUGAAUAUUCUCCCCAACCACCUCAGCCAGUUCUCUGUCUUGGCAGAGAGAAUUGGUGUGGAAAUAUUGAUUUUGGCAUGUAUACAUUUGGAGCUAUUCAUGAUGAGAUAUUUGCCCAAGGAUGUGUAACAAAGAAUGUAUGUUCCUACCCUCUAGGAGAGACACAAAUGGGCAACGGCAUUGUAAAGUUCAAUGUCACCUCAAAUAAUUGUAGCAUUGCUUUACAAUUACCUGAUGUUUUUUACCAUAUAGUAUUUGAAAAUUGAAAAUCUUCCCUUAGCAAUUGAAAAUUGUAAAAGUGGAAAGGAGAUUGGCGCUUUAGUGGUAAGAAUUACAGUGGUUUGGGGCUAAGCAUUCUUGGGAAUUUGGCAGUAAUUUAGAAUAUGGAGGUGCAAGCCAGCUGAGGGGAAUGUGGUUUUUCUCUAAACGAUCCAUUUUCUCUCAAUCAUAAUGCAAAUAAAUUUGG